GGGGGGAGGGGGAUGAGGGGGCGCCCCGCCCAGGGGCGGAGCCAGGGGCCUCGGACAGGUGCAGAGGCGGCGCCCCGGGCUGACCCCGGCCGAGGGCGGGUCCGAGAGGCCGGCUGGACACCUGCGGACACAGGGGCCCUCCACUCCGGCCCCCCAGCGCUCCCCAAGCCCGGUCGUCUUCCGAGCGCACCCCCGGACAUCAGGACCCCGGGAACGCCCUUUGGGGGUACAGAGGGGGCCCCCAGCGGACGCCGGAGCGGAGGAAGCACGUCCCCGAGCCGGGCCUCCAGGCUGGGGGUUCGCCCCGCACCCCCACCCCGGGGCGACCCCCCGGCCCAUGGAGACACCGAUCGAGCGGGAGAUCCGGCGCGGCCGCGAGCGCGAGGAGAGUCUCCGCCGGAGCCGGGGCUUGAACCCGCGGCCCGAAGGCACCGAGCUGCUGCCGCUGCCGCCCCCGCCGCGCCCCGCCCCCCGCGCGCCCCCGCGGGGCCUGGCGCGCGCACGGGCGGGGGCGCGCAUGCGCCGCGACAUCGAGCGCGAGGCCGGCCGCCAGGGGGCGCCCGCGGGACCCCCGACCCCCGCGCCCCCGCUUGGCGAGCUGCGCCGCCUCUUCGAGGGGGGCCCCGCGCCCGCCGCGCCCCGCGCGCCCCCGCGGCUGCAGGACGAGGUGCGUCGGGCCCGCGAGCGCGAGCGGGAGUGGCGGCGCCAGUGUCACCUGGACGACAGCCCCGAACCCGCGCCCAGCCUGGCCGAGAGCAGGGGAGACGGGAAGCUGGUGGUCAUCUGGCCCCCCCGCAAGCAAGCCCCGGAGAUCGGCCUGGAGCAGGGUGAACGGAAGCCGUGAGGUUCCCAGAGACAGACUGGGGGACACCCCUGCCUGAUGGGGAGACCCCCUCCAUGCUUGCCAGGGGGACACGGCGGUCACUCCUCGGGGUCGGGUUUUGGGGGCGCCCAGCGGACUGUGUGCAGGAAGCGCGAGUCCAGCGGCCUUCAACUUGCACUUGAACUCACGGGCCACCCUGUUCCAAGUGCUUUCUUCCCCAUCCGCACCCCUGCACCCCAAAUCCUCCUUUCACCGCCAAACCCCCUGCACCGCCAAACCUCCUGCACCCCCAAAUCCUCCCUGCACCCCAACUGCCAAGCCACCUGCACCCUAGGUCCUCCCUGCACCCCCAAACCUCCUGCACCCCAAAUCCUCCCACACCCUCAAGCCGCCUGCACCCCAAAUCCUCCCCAACCUCCUGCACCCCAGGUCCUCCCCACACCCCUAAACCGCCUGCACCCCAAAUCCUCCCACACCCCAAAACCGUCUGCACCCCAAAUCCUCCCACACCCUCAAACCGCCUGCACCCCAAAUCCUUCCCAACCUCCUGCACCCCAGAUCCUCCCCACACUCCCAAACCGCCUGCACCCCCAGCACCUUAACCUACUGCCCAGCCCAUCCCCUCUCCCUCUGGCAUAGUCAAAUGGGGUCCCCCCACUUCUGCUGCAAACCCCCCCAAUAAAGCUCC